AUGAAAAUAGGAAAAGGUGCAAUUGAAAGAAGAAAUGGAAUAGAAAGAAAAGUUAUUGGUUUUGUAUUUCUUGUGGGAAUAUGCAUUUUCUGGCUUGUAUUUUUAGUGCCUUUGAUAGGAUCUGUUUUAUUUUUGACGGGAAUAAAAAAGAACAUCUCCAGUCUGCAGAUAGAUAAGAUGGACAUGUCGGAGGGAGACUCUGUUAAUCUUCGGAUUGUCUACAAAGAUGUUCCUCCUCUCUUUGACAUGCACGCAAAAGAUAUAAAGAUCGGGAUUGGAACCUCCAGGAACGAGAGACCCAGGGGGUUCCUGUACUGCAGGAGCCUAGACGUUUUUACGCACAGGAACAAGGCGGAGUUCAAGAUGAACUAUACGAUGGGAGAGAGCACAGAAAGUGUCCCCGAUGAAUUUCUCCUGAAAAUCGAGAACCGCCUGCUCUUUACCUUCCAGGCGACUGUUUUCAUGAAGCUCACGAAGAAUCUCCCCGGGAUAAGCAUCCCCGUGGUCUUCCCGUAUACGCUCGGAGUCGUCCUGGGGAAUAACGCGCAGAACAGCGAGAAGUUGGUCGACAUAUUCCUGAGCAGGGCUCCGAAUAGCAGCGCUGAUAACAGGCCUUCCCUCCCCGUGGAGAUAAAGGAGUACAAAAUCGUAGAAGAUCACGACCAAAUCUCCAUGGAGGGACUGUACCAGUACAAGAACCUUCCCUCGUACGUCCGGAUAAACCUCCCAAGAAUAUGCGUGGAGGUGCAGCUAAACGGGAAAUCCAUCGGGAGAGUGGAAGUGCAGGAGCACUCCAUCUUCCCGUGCCGGUGCAGAGGACCCUGCAAAAAGGCCUGCAGAGUCUCCCCCGACUUCAAGUUUACGAUGCACGAGAAAGGCCUGAUGCACGCAAGAAAGUGUGCGGAAAUGUACUUGAGAAAGCACAUGGUCGAGCUCACAUUCAGGAUUCUCUCGUUUGAAAAGGCAGAUAAGAUGCCGUACUUGUUCCAGCACAUGAUAGCCCAGCACGUGUGCAAUGCCUACAUAAACCGCCUGAUGAGCGGAACAAAGAGAAAAAUGAAUAUCGUGAAAAAACCCCUCUUCGAGCUGAAGGUGAACAAGCUCUCCCCAAGCGGGUUUGUGACAAAUAUGAUCUUCCACGAGGAAAUCUUCCCCUUCAAGGACCUCCUGGAGAGCUUCAAUAACGGAUGCCUCCUCUCGACUAACGUGUACCUGGCAGUUAAUGGAGUGACAGUUUUUGAGGCACUCGGAGGACACGUCCGCCCAGCAGAGCCAGAAAAAAGGAGGAAAUACUUGAUGAUCGAUGCAGCCGUGGGGUUUCCCCUGGGGUUUACAUGCACCUCCCCCGUGUUCAAGCACUACACAGAGGGAAAGGGAAAUGCCCCAGUUUGCAAGUCCGUGGAAAUAGUCAUCGGAAAGGGCAUCUCCAGGCUCAGGAAUAUCCUCUUCUGCGGGUUCGGGCUCAGAUGGAGGAGCGAGGAAGGAUUCUGCGUGGGCUUUGAGUGGAUCCCGCCAGCACCCAACACAGAAACAUUCCCCGAAUACGUAACAACGUACAACGUAGACAUGGAGCUGUCGAAGGAGGAGGACGGCCCCAGCGUAAGCGAUGACCUCCUGGGCGCGGACAAGGAGGAAUCCCUCAAAGGCCUGGAGAAGAGACCUGCAGGAGAAACGGCUUUCGCCCGGAGUAAAAAGCCUUUCGCCCAGGGAUCCGUCGCCUUCAUGAAAAAAGUCGAGAAAGAAAACUUCGUCAGAAUCACGUGGAAUAGCGUGCAGAUGAAAAUUGCAGGACCCAUUCUCGGGAUAAACCUCGCAGUAGAUGGAUCGUAUAUAGACGUCCUGGCUAGCCCCACGUCCUCCGAGUGGAGCAUCCGGAGCAGCCAGAAAAUACUCGCGAAGAUACACCUGGAAAAGCCGAGUAAGAGGGUGGAGAGAGACCAGUUUGAGCUGCAGGAGAUAUCAGGGCCAUCCAAUUCGGAGGGCCUGAAUAGUGAAAGGUACAAGAUACCCCCCAUUGCCCUCGCCAUUAGAAGCAGGGAGUGCUCCAAGAAGAAAGCGUUUUCCAAGAGGGGAUUGCUCGACGAAGUAAUUAGGUACGCCCUGCGAAACCUCCACUUCCAAGCGAAAGAGCCUAAAGCUAAUGAGAGGGCACAGGCGAAGAGAAUGCACUGCGCAGUGCACCUCACGGACUCGCUGGAGAGAGACUACACGAAGUCCGCAUUCGUUCUUUCCGUUAGAGUCCCGCGUAUGUGCGCUGUAAUGCACCCAGAGAAGGGAAAUGUCGUCCUGGGGAUCGUGAAGACGGACCCCAUCCUGAUAAAGGUCACGAGGGCGGAUAAGGCUCCCCCGUCCGUUCUUGUCGUGCGCGGAAAUACGUCUGUAAAACUCCCGGGGCUGGUCGCACCGAAUGAAACGUACUCGCCGAUGGACUUGGGGCAGUCUGUAAGAAUAAGCACAAUGAUCUCCCCGGACACGGUCAAGUACUGGCCGAAAGUCUCCUUCACAGGACUCAACGGAUGGUUUUACCCGUGCUGCACAGAAGUCCGAAUGCUCGUCAGGGAAGGACUUCGCCCCUGCAGAGACCAUGCAAACCUGAAGAGCUUAGAGGAAGACACCGCACAAGACCCGGAGAGAGACGGGAAAGUGCCGGAGGGCGGAUUCACGCACUCCCAGAAGGUGAACGUGAAAAUUUCCGGGGAUAGAGUCCACGGGGAGAGAAUAAACUGCACCGCAACGUUCGAGUGGGGAGCAGUUGGCGUGCCAGAGCCAGGACUUGCACUGCACUGCAGGGAUGAACUUAUGCAGAUGCCGAACUUGUUCUUUCGGGUGAGGCAGGAGGAUGAGGAAGUCCUCGGCCUGGAGACGGAGUGGGUGAAGGCGCGAGUCGGAAAAAACCAAGUCGAUUUUGGAAUUUCUGUGAAGGCUUUUGUGCUCGGAAAUCUGCUGCAGCAGCUUAUUGGGGAGAAGAAGGUCAUGGGAAUGUCCUAUGAAAUGGGAUUUAUCGAGGGCGUCGGGCCUUUCCCCGUGCAGAUCCCGUUCUUCACGAUGGAGGCCCCAGACUCGAUCUCGGGCAUGGUAAAAGCAUUCGAGAAGAUGAUGGAGGAGGACUCCCCGGGAAAGGGAGAGGAUGGCCUGGGAGGAAAGAAUCGGAUCCGCAUGGUUUUGGGCGAGCCCAAUAUCGUGCACGUGGAUAACGGGCGUGUUUUUGUCCCGAGAGAUCAAAAUGAUCAGCUCGCAGGGGAGGAGGGAUCACUUUCCAGGGAAACUGCUGACCACUUUGACGCAAUGUUCUCGGAGAUCGUGAAGAAUAACCUGGUAUACGCACGGAGCCCGUUCCCGAGUAAAGACGAAAAGUGCCUGGAGCUGGUGGAGGGAGAGUCCGCCCUCGUAGAGUUUUCUCCCCCGAAGAGGUUCGUAAGUGCCCUGGAGGAGAAGGCCUGUACAGGAGUCGUUUUUCCCGUCGUGCUGAAAGAAGGAUUCCUGGGCGGAAUGCAUAUCACCCGCACGUUCGGGAAGGCAUUCAAUGCUUUGGGCGUUAAAGCCAGCAAAAUAUCUGCAGAGCUGGUUUUAGCAGAUAUUUCCCUUCUAAACAUAAACAUCUCUGAGGACAAGAAGAAAAAUAGUGAAGCUUCAAUAUACAUCCCAAAGCUCGUGUGGACCCACAGGGAAGCUUUCUCGAUGAAAAAGGAGGAGGGAAGCGCAGUGGGGGAGAUACGCGCAGAUUUGGGCGUUAUAUUCCCGAGCUUCUACACGUGCAGGGGCAUAAGAAUCUCCCCGAAAGAAAACGAAGUGCGCCCCCUCGCAGCCUUCCUGCUGCAGCUGAUCAGCAUGAAGAAGGUGCAGCUGAUGAUGGAGGAAAAGUCAUACCUGAUGCGGGUAUAUAAAUGCGUUAAAGCGUGCUUUUUGCGCGGAACUGUUGAUAUUGCAAGGAGUGCAUACUCCAGUGCUGUGAAAAUGGCCGGCCUAUUUCUCACUGACUUUACAAAGUACGUUGAGAAGGCCUUCGAAAUGAUUUCCUUCACGAGCUUCACAUUCCCCCUGGAGUUGCCCACGGUAGGACAGAGCGGGAAGAAGGAGAAAAUAUGCUUGGAGAAUGCGCCAGGAAAUACCCCCCCGAACUUCCACAUGCUAUCAGCCUUUACCUCGAAUAAGUACUUCAGGAUAGAGAGUGCAGAGGCAGAUUAUGCAGGAGCUCAGCUUGUUUUCGCGCACAAAAAGAAGGGAGUGGACUGCCUCAGAUUCGCACUUCUUGAGAGGGCAGAGAAUUCCCCCUCUAAAGCCCCGACUACAGAGCAGUGCCUUGCCAUGCGGAAGUCUUUUCCCGUCGCAGUAGCUGCUGAGAAGUUGCGGAAAUUGUUCACCCAGAGCGAGAAUACGGUCGUUCUCCUCGUGCUGAAAAAUAUCGUGGUGAUGCGCGUGGGAGUGAAUAGCUCCGUUCUUGAGAAGAUAAAGGCCCACGCUCUCUGCAUUCUCAAGAAAAAGGCGGUUAACUUAUACGAUAAACUCCACAUUGCCAAGGACAUUGCACUUUUCUUCUUAACUCCCAGACCAUUCUCCUCUCUUUCCUAG